GAGAUUUAAAACAAGACGAAAUUAGAAAAUCCAUUUCAAUUAUUUUUGUAUAUGUUUAGGUAUUGCAGAAUCGAUUUUCACAACCUGGAGAUACUAUUAGUAAGUAAAACUUGCAACAGACGAAAUAGAGAUUCGAACUAUGAAAUAACCAGGAAAAGAAGCGUAGCUUAAGCAUGGAGACUGUGAUGUAUACCUUGAACUGACAUAAAAAAAAAGCAAGAGGAAAAGUUUGUAACAGCUUUGGCACUCUAAACUUCUAAAAAUCUGUUCCAUUUUACUUGGAAAGAAACUGAAGAAUGGCAGAAGGAAGCAUUGGUAAAUUCACUUGUAAUAACUGUGGAAAACAAUUUAGAAAGCUGGUGUAUCUCAAGUAUCACGAAGAAAGUCACACUAAGAAAAAUAAUAAAGAUAAAGGAGAUGUUAAUCAUGUGAAGGAGGAAAAUCCUGACUCUGAUCCCGGUCUUAAAGUGGAAAAGAUUGAUUACUCCAGUGAUGAAUGGGAUAAAAGUACUUUACCUCCCAGUCCUCAAAGUGAAGGAAGUAGUGAAGAUAGCAAGGAAGGUCAGAGGUCAAGUCUGAAGAUGAAACGCUUCAUCUCAACUCAAAGUCAUCUAAAGAAAAGUUAUCGCUGUCAUGAAUGUGGAAAAGUAUUUGGACGGUUGUCACAUCUUAGGCGUCAUGAAAAAAUUCACACUGGAGAGAAAAAUUUUAUUUGUGAGGUUUGUGGCAAAGGUUUUUAUCAGGGUACAGCCCUGAAGAAUCACAUGGUCACACACACAGGAGAAAAGCCAUUUCAAUGCGAUGAAUGUGGAAAACGUUUCGUUCAAAAUGCAGCUUUAACUGUGCACCUGCAAUUGCACAGGGGGGAAAAGUCACACAUAUGCGAUAUUUGUGGCAGAGCUUUUGCUCAAAAAAGUAAUUUAAAAAAACACAUAGAGAGGCAUCAGGAUGGAUCUUCAUACAGAUGUGAACGCUGUUUUCGAGAUUUCAAAACUAAAAGCAUUUACCAAAAUCAUAUGAAAAAGCAUGAAGAAAAAAUCAUUGCACACUGUGACAUUUGUAACAAGGGUUUCACAACUGAAGAAAAACUCCAGAGGCAUGAAAAGGGACAUUUAAGAAGUGGUGAACCGAUUUGUAAAGUCUGUGGGAAAAGGUUUAAAAACCGUUCUAACGUGGAACGCCAUAUGAUGAUUCAUACAGGUGACAAGCCAUUUGUUUGUGAGGAUUGCGGGAAGGCCUUUAAUCAGCUACAAUACCUUAACACACACAUGAUGAUACACACAGGCCAGAAGCCUUACAAGUGUGAGAUCUGUGGCAAAGCAUUUGUUCAAAACCAAAACAAAAAGCAACACAUGAAAACACACAGUGACCAUCCUAAGAGAGUGAAGAAGCAAAGAGAAAAUGAACAGACCCUGUCAGCUGAUUCCAGUGAUCAUCCUAUGGGAAUGAUGAAGCAAACAGUGAAUGACCAGAUCCUGUCAACUGAUUCCAGUGAUCAUCCUAUGAGAAUGAUGAAGCAAACAGUGAAUGACCAGAUCCUGUCAACUGAUUCCAGUGUUCAUCCUAUGGGAAUGAUUAGGCAAACAGAGAAUGACCAGAUCCUGUCAACUGAUUCCAGUGAUCAUCCUAUGGGAAUGAUUAGGCAAACAGAGAAUGACCAGAUCCUGUCAACUGAUUCCAGUGAUCAUCCUAUGGGAAUGAUGAAGCAAACAGUGAAUGACCAGAUCCUGUCAACUGAUUCCAGUGAUCAUCCUAUGGGAAUGAUGAAGCAAACAGUGAAUGACCAGAUCCUGUCAGCUGAUUCUGCAAAGUCUUUUGAUGCUGGUGAACAAACAUUUCUCUGAUUCUUCAAGGUAAUGCAAGAAUCAAUUCAAACACUAAUCAAUUCCAAAUUAUCCACUUCCUGUCAGCCUUGUCACUUUUUUAGUUUAAUAUGUAAAAUACAUAAUUAUAUAUGUAGUAAUUGCUUACUUUCUUUGUGUAGUUAAGAAUAAUGAUGUCUCAAUAAGCAUUGGCAGUGUUCAUACUUUUCAAAGAUGUGAUUUCACUACCAGUUCAGCUACAUGUAUAUGGACUAGUUUUCCCUAAUUAUGUCUUAAUUAAAUUUCACCUUUACAAAAAGCAUAAAAAAGAGAUUCUUUCUCAUGUUGUUUUUAAUUGCAAGAUAAUUAUAUAGAGAAGUGGACAGGAUGACAUCAUUAAUUCCACACUUGGGCAAAAUAAAUAUGGAGCUUUUCAACAAACACUAAAGCAUAAUGUAAAAGCUAAUAAUAAUCCUAUCUGUCCAUUAUUCAGUAUUAUUUGUUAUUGAAUGUCCAGACCUUUCCUUCAGUUUCUUCACACUAGAGAAUUUGGUGAGACACAGUUUUAAACUGUAUGCCAAGUUUUUGUUGGCAGUGUGUAUUUGACAUACUUGAAAAAGAUUUUGUUUAGCUUACCUGAACUGCAUACAUGUUAUAUGUCUGUUCACUUGUUUAUUUUUAAAUGGAAUAAUUAAAGAGUUGUAUAAGGUUGGGACAAAAAUAAAAUAUUUCUAGUC